GCGCUGCCCUCGGCAAGCGCUGGCAUCCGCCGCUCCUGCCUCGCUCUGCUCGGGAACAGGGCUCAGCUCUCUCGCACAAAGAUGUCUUGCUACGACCUGUGCCCACCGAAAACCGGCGUCGCCGUCCCCCAGCCCAUCGCUGAGAGCUGCAACGAGCUGUGCGCCCGGCAGUGCCCCGACUCGACGGCCUUCAUCCAGCCGCCCCCCGUCGUCGUCACCUUCCCCGGCCCCAUCCUCAGCUCCUUCCCCCAGCAAGCCGUGGUGGGCUCCUCCGGAGCACCCGCCUUUGGGGGCAACCUGGGGCUGGGAGGCCUCUACGGCGCCGGCGCCACCCUGGGCUCGGGGGGCCUCUGCACCUUUGGCAGACCCUACGCUUCUCCCGCCUGCAGCCCUUGUGCCUUGCCCCGCUACAGCAAGAAGCUGUGGGACACCUGUGGGCCCUGCUAAACCCAGCCCCAGAGCCCCCAGAGCCCCUGGGCCUCCUCAGCCUCACACCUCCCCUCCUUUCUCCCCUCCGUCCCCUCUCUCCAUCUUGCCUCUCCUCCUUGCUCCUGCCCGUGCCCAGGUGCAUGGUGCAACUCCACCAUCGUCCCACAGGGCACUUGCUUGUCUCUACAACAGCCACCGCCUGGGAGAAGCCUGAAAGAACAGCUCUCUUGAAGCCCGGGGUGACAACCUGCCUGCCUCUGCCUUGUGUGUCUUUCUGCAGUGGGUGCUUUCCUGCACUGCAAUAAAGCAAGCCUGCAUCCAA